AUGUUCGUGUUGCGGUCGCCGUUCCACAGCGACAUCUCGAAGUUCACGGCGCUCUAUUCGUCGACGCUGGCCCCCCGGUGCGCCAACUUCUCCGAGUACAACUUGGACGCCAAGUCGUACUGGCAGUACUACGGCUUCCAGCACCACAUGAAGUUGACUCCGAAGUCGCUAUCGACGAUCUUGAACGUCGACGACGCCCAGCAGAACGAGAUCACGCGGUUGCACACGAGUCUGCUCGGCGAGUACCUUACCCCCCGCUUCGGGCCGUUUGCGAACCUGCAGAAGGCUGCCACCCGGAGCAACACCAAGGACAACAAGGGAAUUGUGUACGUCUCCGGGAAGGGCUACUACUGGCUUACCAUCCUUUCCAUCAAGUACAUCAGAGACGUGCUGAAGGACAAGACGCCGGUCGAGAUUUUUGUCCCCUUCAGGGACAAGCACGACAACCACUGUAACAAAAUCUCCCUCGUGUAUCCGAACGUGAAGUGCUCCUUCUUCAGUGACUACCUCAGCUACGGCCAGCUGUACAAUCUAUCGGGGUACCAGUACAAGUCGUUGGCGAUGUUGUUGACUUCGUUCAACGAGAUCUUGUACCUCGACUCGGACAACAUACCCAUCAGCAGCGUCGCAGACAUGUUCAACAACCCAAACUACUUGAAGACAGGAUUCAUCUCCUGGGCAGACUUCUGGAAAAGAUCGACAAACUAUAACUUCUACUCGAUGGCCGGCCUCACGCGGUUCGCCGAUCCGAUCUCGUCUACUCCCUCCGUGGAAGCCGGACAAAUCCUCAUCAAUAAGGAACACCACAUUAGGACCUUACUACUUGCCUAUUACUACAAUUAUUACGGCCCACAGUAUUUUUACCCGUUGUUCUCCCAGGGUUUCCCCGGAGAGGGCGACAAGGAAACAUUCUUCCUCGCCAGUAGAGUCACAGGUGACAACUCGUAUCUGAUCACAGGGCAUAUUACCAAGAGCUUUGGUUACAAAGAUAAGCAAGGCGCAUAUGUGGGGCAAGGUAUACUCCAAACAGACCCUAGCAAUUUCUCCAAGUACUGGUUCUUGCAUAUAAACUAUCCAAAGCUUGACAUAGUGUCGAUGUUCAAGAAGGGCUUCUUCAAGGGUGACAAGCUAGAGAGAAAAUGGACAUUCAUCCGUAACGCCCAGGAAGAUGGUAAGAGUGUUCCCUUCCGGCAGACGCUGGGUCAGGACUUUGAGUACGACGUCUGGAAGAUCAUGACCUCGAUAUUGGAUACAGACUUUAAUGGGUUCAGACUCUUUGAGGAGAUCGGAAAUGAUGAGCUGUCCGACUUUGUGAAGGCCCAUCUCGUGAGACUUGAGCAUUCCAAGCUCGAAACACGGUGA